AUGAUAACGCUUCCCACCGAUAAUGGCCGUUAUCGAAAUUGCAUUCAUUGCACUUGGAAUAUACGCGUUCGUCAACAGAAGACGGUUCGGUUACAUUUCGAGCAGUUUGAUCUCGGAGAAGGAGACUGGGUAAAGGUCUAUGACGGGUCCAAGUCAAAAACGACUGAAAUAAUCAGGUGGGACUCGUACGCAUCUCCUGUUGACGUCGUGUCGUCUGGACAAAGAAUGGUGGUGGAGUUCAGGUCAAAUGCAUGUGAAGAGAAGUCGGGAAUUCGCGCAGUAAUGGAAAGAAAUAGUUGUGGCUCAUUAAUUCGACUGCCCAACUCAAAAAAACGCUUCAUCCGUUCGCCCAACUACCCUCGUUUCUAUCCAAGCAAUGCAGACUGUUUAUGGACGGUUGUAGGCACACAAGAUUUGCUAUCAGCCAGAGUCAACAUACAUACAUUGCAAACUGAAAAUGGGAAGGACAUUGUUACGAUUAGAGAUACUCUUGCACAAGAAAAUGCAAAUGUCACUAAACACUUUGGAACAGUUGAGUCCGUGGGUUUCAACGUAAAAAAUUCUCCAGGAAUCUCGAUUAUUUUUCGUUCUGAUGUCAGUGUGAAUGGCUUCGGAUUUAAGAUAUCCCUAUCAAGCAGUUCUGAUGGUAUACAGGUUACUGCAUGUGGAUUUGUGAAACGACUGUAA